UAGUUAUAUUUUACUAACCGAAAUACCGAAAACCGAAAAAAAACCGAACCUAAACCGAACCGAUAUCCGGAUUGAACACCCCUAACCUAUAUAUAUAUAAGGAGAACCUAAACCAUAGAAAAAGGGAUCAACCAUAAUACACAUAAAAUAUUAGAACUAGAGUUUAUACACCAAUCGUUGAAUUUCCUGCUCUAAAGAUCAAUAAAACACCACUUGUGAUCUCUUUUCAUGCUUUUCUUUACUUGCUCAUAUGUUCCGUAGUGCCACAAACGCACCUUCAUAGAUUUAUGCUAACAGUUUGGCUCUAGAAGAAGGGGUAAUCCAAACUAAGAUACGAUGACGCAAAAUGAGCAUAACGAGCAGUUUUCAGCCACCCCAGUCGAAAUUGAAUUGCAAGCUCGGAUUAAAGCUUGCAAAGCCAAGUCACCGAGUUACAUAGAACUUGGGAGAACAACGCUUCUACAGAUGAUUCCGAACUCCUCUCGAAGGUUCAAGUUUUGAAGGACACGGUGAACUAGCACUCCAAGCUGUUGGAGAAUAGCGUGGAAAAUCUUUCACAACUUCAAGCUGAAAACUUAAUCUUUCGAGAAGAGAAUUCACCUCUUCAUACGACAAGAAACAAGCAGCCACGGUUCCACACCUGGGUUCGACCCAUGCAAUCUCUGGGAACUGUGACUGAAGGAGGCAAUUCCAGCCGACAUGGUCCACCACCGAUGGAAGAAUUGACAAUUGGGAUCAAUGCUAUAGAAUGAACUCAUACAACCAUGCAAACGACAAUUCUGACGAGGAGAUGCAAGAGGCCGUAGUAGCAAAAAAAAUCAGUGAUGACGGCCUAUCUCGAGCAGGUCUUCUCCAAGAAGAUCGAAGCCAUUCAAUCGACGACUGAGAGGCUCCCGGGUGUCGCUCCUCCAAUCCGACGAAGUGCUCAUGAUUCUUAUGAUGGCACCCUUCGUGGAUGAGAUCACCUUAAUACAUAUGCCAAGGAAAUUCUCCUUCCCUAACAUUGAAUUUAUGACGGCACCAAUGACCCAGACAAUCAUGCGGCUCUGUGCAAGCAAUGAAUGCUUACUGUGCAAGCAAUGAAUGCUUACUCGACAGCUAAUAAAGCCAACUUUUUUGUAGUUGGUCGAAUUAUUUAUUGCAUCUGUCUGAUGUCGUUCAGAAAAUACGUACAAAAAGAACACGAAAAAUCUAAAAGGAGAUGUUAGCAAAUUAGGAUCUGGUAAAAACAAUCAUAAUUUAUUUUUAGAAAAUCCCACCAAAGAUGUUCUGUUUUAUUAACUUCUUCAACCAAGGGAAGGUACAAGGCGGUUUUAUAACAGAAAACAGCCUUCUCACAUCGUGUCCUGAGGUUGUCUUUGUCGUUCUUGCUUCAUCAUAAAAACAAUUUUCCUUCUUAAAAUCAUCUAAUAACGAAACCCAAUCUACGAAAAUCUGCAGAACUAAAUAAACGAGAGGAUUAAUAACCUGUUUCAAGUAUUGAUUGUUCUUGUGUUUUUCUUGCAAAACCCAUCAGCAGCAAGCGAGAUAUACCCCAAGGAUAGUUACGCAAUGGAACAAUGGAAGUUUAUAGGAAUAAACUAGUGAUCCUCUGACCUCGGAAAACUACAAAACAAAGAACUAGCUUAGGUUUUAAACUUUGUAGAAAUGAGUUGUUUCUUGGGGUCAUCCACGCACAGCAAAAGUAGGGAGAAUGAAGGCUCAUCCAUGGUUGCUGCUUAUGAACAACAGAACCCUCAGUGGAAUGAUCGGGGACAAAUAACUUCAUGGGAAUCAGUGGCAAUUAGCAAAGAAUCACCAAUCAAUAUUGAGGCAAAGAGUUACACAUUCCGUGAAUUAGCGGCUGCUACAAAUAGUUUCAAGCAAGAGUUCUUGAUUGGAGAAGGAGGAUUCGGUAGAGUUUACAAAGGGAAGCUGGAGAAAACCGGACAGGUGGUGGCUGUGAAGCAACUUGAUAGAAAUAGAUUACAAGGGAACAGAGAGUUUCUGCUAGAGAUCUCUGCGUUAAGUACUCUUAAUCAUCCCAACCUUGUUGAUCUUAUUGGAUAUUGCCUUGACGGAGACCAAAGACUUCUUGUUUAUGAGUUUAUGCCUCUUGGUUCCCUUGAAGAUCAUCUCCUCGUUAAACCAGAUGUUGCACCGGGACAACAACCAUUGGAUUGGAACACUCGGUUAAGGAUAGUCUUAGGAGCUGCAAAAGGGCUUGAGUAUCUCCACGAAAAGGCAAACCCUCCGGUGAUAUAUCGAGAUUUUAAAUCGUCGAAUGUAUUGCUCAACAGAGAUUUCGAUGUAAAACUAUCAGAUUUUGGUUUGGCAAAACUUGGUUCGGUUGGUGACACACAAAAUGCAUCUUCCCGAGUUACGGGAACCUACGGUUAUUGUGCUCCUGAGUAUCAGAAAACCGGUCACCUAACGGUUAAAUCUGAUGUGUAUAGUUUUGGAGUCGUGUUGUUGGAACUCAUAACCGGUAAACGUGUUAUUGACACAACGAGACCGAGUCAUGAACAAAAUCUUAUUACCUGGGCACAACCGAUUUUCAGAAAACCAAAUAGAUUCCCGGAGCUAGCUGAUCCACUCCUUCGAGGCGAGUUCCCGGAAAAAAGUCUAAACCAAGCUAUAGCAGUAGCGGCAAUGUGUCUGCAUGAAGAACCAAUAGUUCGACCUUUAAUCAGCGAUGUCGUUACCGCCUUAAGUUUUAUGAGCACAGAAACCGAUUCAUCAUCUGGUUUCACCGGUAGCGUCCUGAAAUUUCAACCUUCGUCUGGUAAAAUUAAAACAGUGGAGGACCUGCUUCAAUAUUAGUCACCUCCAAGACAAAGAGAUGUGAACUUGCUACUAUAAAGACUUUUACAAAACGUUUCGAAACUUAUUUAUUUUCUUUUCAUUUAUUUAUUUAUUUAUUUAUAUAAUAUUGUAUAGUUAAAUAUUCAAGCCAUGUUUUUUUGGCCGAUUAAGCAUGACAUAUAUAGAGUUUUACCAAAAUAAAUUAAAAUUGAAUAUUUUUCCUUA